GCAUUGAUGACUUCGACGCUCCGUGGCCGCCGACUGACGCCUGGCUGCAGUUACAGCGACUCGCCAGAGGAGGCUCCACUUGUCACCGCCUCCGUGUCCGGCAUGGGCUUCACCCCGGCCCGAGACAGCGACGUCUUCUCGGGCCGCUCCUCUGACGGAGCCGGGCCCGGGCCGGGCGUCUCACUCAGCGGGACAGAGGCCCGGCACUUUUACGAGAGCCUGCUCCAAGAUGGCGAGCAGGGUCGGAACCAGAGGCCCGAGCGAAGAGUGAGCCCGCGAGCCCGGGUCCCGCCGGCAGGAUCCCAGCCGGCUCAAAGGUCGGAGAGCAGCGCCGAGCUGAUGGGCCUGAGGUUCCUGCGCCGCGCCCAGGAGGGAGACCUGCCGGCGCUGAGGGACCUGAUCUCCAGAGGGGUGGACAUCAACUUCCAGGACUCCUUCUUCUGGACGGCGCUCAUGUGCUCCAGCUGGGCCGGGCGCCGGGCGGCCGUGAGGCUGCUGCUGCGGAGCGGCGCCGCCUGGGUGGGCGUGGUGGACGUGCGGGGCCGGGACGCCCGGGACCUGGCUGCGGCAGCCGGCCACGGCCAGGUGUUGGAAGAGCUGGACUCCUUUGGGCCUGGCGAGGAGGCGGAACCUGGCGAGGAGGCAGGGCCUGUUGUCCACAGCAGCGCGGCCGCCACGCGCUGGUGCCACACCUGCGGCGUCGGCUUCAGCGGCUCCGCCCACCUGUCGUCCACGCUGCACCAGUUCAGCCUGCGCCGGCCCCAGCCCGCCCCCCACUACUGCCUCCCCCCCUCCGCCAACAGCUUCAGGAUGAUGCUCCGCUGCGGCUGGAGGCCCGGCUCCGGACUGGGUCGGCAGGGAGACGGGCCGUGUCGGCCGCUGGCCACCGUGCUGAAGAGGGACCAGGCGGGCCUGGGCUACGGUCCGGCCCGCAAACCCCGCGUCACCCACUUCAGAGCCCGAGACCCCCGGGCGGUGGGGGCGGGGCAGGUGGGGGAGGAGCCCACGGGGCGGGGACUGAGGCGGGAGGAGGAGCGCCGGAGGAGGCUCCGGGAGCAGAGCUGGGAGCGAGACUUCAGAACCUCCUUCUACCUGUGAGCACCAACCCGUUGGAUUUGGAUCAGCGUGGGCGCCGGAUCCAGCUGGAAGUCGGAGCGUUGGCUCUCACUGAACUGAAAAGUGGUGUUGCCAAUAAAGUGACUGGUUCACGUGUCUGGAGCUGCUGCUUCCUCCAGCAGGUGGCGAUGAUGUCACUGACCUCGGACUUAACCUGCUGCUUGACUGAAGGACAGGAGGAGCGUCGUGUCAAGUUGUGUCACCAGUUGAGUCGAGUCACGUCACUAGAGCCGAGUCAGGUCUCCAUGGUCGAGUCACACACACACGAGUCCCAUGGUGCUCACAGGGAAGUGAUGUCAUGUUUAAUGAUGACAGCUUCUUCGAAUGGGAGCUGCAGUCUGUCCCAGCUACCCGGGGUGAGGGUCAGUCCCUCACAGAUGAGCCGAAGCCCUCCUCACUCGACUCCACUGUGGUGGUCCGGGUGCGUCAGGCUCGGGGCUCCACCCUCAGCUUGAUGGGUCUCAGUGGACCCACCAGGCCUUGCGGGUCCAUCUCCAGCGGGAUCUGUCGAAGCAGAGCAGGCGGGUGACCCGAGGUGGGAGGUCCAGACCCGUCGGCACCUCCCCCCUCCUCACCUCGGUCUCGGCGCAGACGGAGAAGCUGAAGUUCUGCAGGACCUCCACCAGGACCAGCUUCACCAUGAUCAGCGCCAACCUCAUGCCCACGCAGUUCCUGGGCCCGGCGCCGAAGGGCAGGUAGGAGUACGGCACCACGUCGACCCGCCUCUCCCGGCUGAACCUGCACGGGCCGCAGGGUCAGGCGCUGUCCACCAGGGGGCCGCGCGGAGCCCGGUACCUCUCUGGCUUGAAGUCCUCUGGGUCUGGCCACAGGUCCGGGUCUCGGUGAAGGGCGAAGACCGGGACCGCCACGAUGAGUCCCUUGGGGAUCUCGACGGAUCCCACCACGACGGUCUGCUUGGCCACUCGCUCCAGACGAGCCGCCGGCGGGUAGAGCCUGGAAACAGCUGGAGGCUGAAGGCACCAGCGAGGACCAGGAGCAGCCGGGGCGUUACCUCAGGGACUCGCUGACCACGCAGUCCAGG